AUGACUGGCAAGCCGUCACAAAAAAAAAUCACAGUGCUUGAAACUCCGAUGUUUCAUACAUCCAUACAUAUAUUAGGAAAGAACGACUUAAUAAUGUCUGGAAAGAAUUUAGAAACAGAAUUAUUCGCGCAGGCUAUACAGAGAGUGCAAAAAAACUUGAAAUUCUUAGACUUAAAGCUAGAUGAGGGUAGCAGGAGAAAAAGCAUUUGGGAGAGUAUUCGUUUCAAAUGGCAUUUUUGGUUUAACAUGUUCCUAUUAAAUGUUGCCACAGUCGGAGAGACUGCUUGGCUUGUGAAAGGAAUAUCCACAGGGAAAUCUUUCAUAGAGUUAUGCUAUCAAGCCCCUUGUCUAACUCUGUGCAUUGUUUGCGACAUUCAAUGCGCAUAUUUUGUCAAACACACACACAGAAUCCUAGAUCUCGUUGAAUCUAUACGCACUCUUCAAUCUAUGUCGGCAACGUUAACAGAAUCUGAUGAGAUACUUUUGAAGAGUCAAGUCAAUAUGUUUAACAUGGUUUUGAAUGUACUGACAGUCACAAAAGUUUUAGCUAUAUCUUCGUUUGGGUUGAUCCCGUUUUUGACUCUGUAUUUAUCGUACCAUCGCACUGGUGAAAUGGAAUUCGUGUUGCCUUUCUUUAUAAUAUAUCCUUUUGAUGCAACUGUUAUUAAUUUCUGGCCUAUUGCCUAUGUUCACCAGAUAUGGGCAGACACGUAUUUUCUAAACGAGGAAAUGAAGAUUAACUUUAAGAAGAUUAUUCACCGUCACAGAAAAUUAAUAAAGUGCGUGGACGAAAUGAAAGAAGUGUACUCUGAAUCGAAUUUGUUCAACGCUGUAAUUAGUUCAAUACUUAUAUGCUUCACCGGUUUUAACGCAAUGACUAUCGAUGAUUUAGCUUUGGCGGUGCCUUUCUUGCCCUUUCUCUUGAUGGACUUGUUACAAAUAUUUUUCAUUUGUUAUUACGGUGACAUGAUAAUGAGAUACAGUACAAGUAUCAGUGAUGCGGUGUACGAAUGCCAGUGGUACAGAGCAGAAGCGGCAAUCGUUAAGGAUUUUCUUUUCCUUUCCUUGAGAGCUCAAAAACCAUGCCAUCUUACAGCGCUGCGGUUUACUGAUAUCAGUCUUAGAACGUUUACCAGAAUAUUAAGUACUUCUUGGUCAUAUUUUGCAUUACUGAAAUCCAUGUAUCGCAGUUAA